AUAUCUGCAGCCACAGGGUGCUACAGAAUUGCAUCUGUUCUGGAAGCAGAAUCUGAACCACUUGCUACUCAUACUAUUAAAGCAUGGAUAUGGACACAAGAAACUGGACACAAGCAACAACAGGUUAUGAACAAAAUUUCUUUAUGAUCACCAGCAAUUAAUGCCUGCAGGCUCCCUUCGUAAAAAGAAGCUGGCAAAAAGACCUGGAUACAUGAGGCCAGAAGCUCAGCAACAGAUAGAGUUUCAGUCCCUUGGUGCCUGCAAACCAUCCAGACCAGGAGAGCUCCAACAUGGAAGGCAGGGUUGUGGAGACUUUGAGAACUGCACUCUAUGUAGACAAUGCCAAAAUAACUUUGAAUUCCUUCACUGUAGUGCAGUUAGUAGCACUGUAGUUCCUGCUGAUCGGGUAACAAUGUUGGCCACUACUGGAAAUAUGCCAGGAUGCUGCAAAAAUCUAUCGUGUUGCAAGAGUCCACGGUCAGAAAACACAGUGACAGCAGCUUACCCUGCUGCCGCAACAAGCAAAGGAGAUGUUUCUGCUGUAUGCUGUACAUGGCAGAAAAGCCACAGUGCUAAAGUGAACAAGCCCCCAAAUAUGUAUGCUUUGGAUCGAACAGAAGUGAAUAACAACUGUGAAUAUCAAAACAGAGAUGAUAUUUCUCAUUCUGCUGUUGCACACAAUAGUUUAGAUCGUUUUAGUUCAAGUUUCAGCUUCAUACAGCUCUCCCUGAACUCGACCUCUGGGGUAAAUGAUGUUGAAGGCAAAUCAACUGUUGAGGAAACUGAGAUUGUUCUGCAUCCCAAAACCACAGGAAGUCUGCAGAAGCCAGAAGAGAUGUCACAAACUCAUGAGAACUUGGGAGAUUCAUGUUGCUUCUCCAGGUCCAGUGAGGAUUUGGAGCAUGAACAUGAGAGCCCUGUGAAUGAUAAAUUCCGGGACUGUGAGACCCUCUCUUUCUCAGAUAUAGAUGCAACAUUUUCACAUUCUACAGAUUCCUUGGAUGCAGCAUCUGCUGGCUCUUCUGUCACCUCAGGCUAUGAAAGUAGCUUUACUGUUAGUGACCGUAACUGGGAUAUUUUGAUGAAAAAAUAUGAACCAGCGCUGCAGGAUUGCUUGCUUGGCAACCGCAGUACACUAAAGAUAAAAUCCUUGAUCUUACAACUUCAGAGGCUUCAGGAAAAAGCAAUAGAGGAAGAUGACUAUGAUAGAGCUGAUAAAUUUAGACGGAAACUGGAAGAACUGGAAAAAGAGAAAAAAUCUUUAAAAUUUCAACUUCCUUCAAGGCAUCCUUCAGUUAGCAGUUUUUUGGAUAGAUUCAUUACCCAAGUUCAGGCAGCAUUGCACUGGGCUGCUGAUCAUCGGGUUAGACAUGAAGAAAACGAUUUUUGUCAUGAAAAAGAACAUAAACUUUUGAGAUCAACUUACCAGGAGAGGAUGCAGGUUUCGGCCACAAAACGAAGCCAGCUUUUUCAAGAAAAGAAAUGGUUACAGAAAGAAAUUGAAGACCUCCAAACAAGACUGACCAUAUUAGAAGCAAAAGAUCAACAGCUAAGAAGAGAAAUUGAAGAACAAGAUAGACUUAUUCAGUCACAGGACUGUGAACUGGCUGCUUUACUUGGCUGCAUUUCUUUGAGAGAACUGCAGGAAAUAAGCAAGGCUGUGGAUGACACUUUAGCAGCCUCCUAUCAAAUUCCAUUCAGUCUAGAUCUUCCAGGAACAAUAAAGAGCCUUCAGGAAAAGGAACGGUUGUUCAGCAUGUCCAUUAAAGAAACUACUGCCAAAGUUUGCACGAGUCAGAAACUCUGCAGUACUUUGAGAAGGAAAGUGAGUGAUAUUGAGACUCAGCUACCAGCUCUACUUGAAGCCAAAAUGCUGGCUGUUUCAGGAAGUAAUUUUGGCACUGCGAGGGAUCUUGCAGAAGAAAUAAGGUCAUUAACAUCUGAGAAGGAGGGACUGGAAGGACUACUCAAUGAACUGUUGGUUCUGAGUGCCAAAAAUGUCCGAAAGUUAGAGAGAAUUAAAGAUGAUUACACCAGAUUGAAGCAAGAACUUGAGCAAGGAGAGACUGCCUUUGUGACCAGUGUAAAAGAAAAUGCUGAGAAGUACAUGGAGAUUCUAGAGGAUAAACUACAUAGCUGCGGGAGCCAGCUGCUCCAAAGAGUGUGGGAAGCUGACUUGGAAGCAUGUCAGUUGUUCAUCCAAGGGUUUCAGCUGAAAGAAACCAGUUGCUGCAUUUUUGAGGAAGAAGAGAACCAACUGGAGGAGAUGGAGAUGACUGCUGAUGGCCCACCUGACUCUGAAAAAAGAAAAGAAGGUCACUUUCUGAAGGACACAGAGUGGGUUAAUGUUUCCUGCCACAAACACAGUGAGCUGAAAGAGGUUAUGGAAGACAUUUCAUUUGGAACAGAAGGUCAUUUGUCUGAGGAGUUCUUCAUAUUUUCUGCAGAGUUGGGAGAAAAAUGUGAAGCAAUAAGUGAGAAAUUGGUGCAUCUGGAAGAUCAAUUGCAAAGUUCCACCUGCAGAGUUGAUGAUGGAGUUAUUCAGUCUCUGCAGAGGGAGAUCCAGGUAGUGAAGGAGACGCUCCAGACCAUGCUAGUGCAACUUCAGUCAGCCAAGGAGGCAGGAGAAGAAAAGGCUGGAGACUUCCUCUGUGACAGCUGGUGUCCAGGAAAACAAGACUUGAAGGAAUAAUGAGCAGAAAGAGCUGGUAGGAUAACAUUAAUUCACAAAGGGCUGCUUUUAGUAACUGAAUACUGUUUUACUAAGCCUCAGGGAUCUCUUCUCUCCCCUGCAUAACUAAUAAGUAAAUCAAUUAUGGAGAAAUAGAGCCUGAAGGUCUAUCAUCAGAAGUAUGCUAGGCAGCCUCACAUGUUUUGGCACAGAUUGGGAAACAGCUUUCAGAGCAGAGCAGCUCCUGUAAAUGUGUAGAUUACAAAUUGAUACAUUUCAAGUGAGUCUGCAAAGUUGCCUUUAAUGUCAGUGAAAUGUUCUCCUUGAAGACUCGUAAACAGUAUGUGUCUCAUGGAUUUCCCCCCCCCCCCAAUUUAAAAAUGCAUCAUUAAAGCUGGAACAUCUAGUGUUUCUUGGAAAAUAGCUGUAAGAAUAAUAAGAACUUUUUUCCCCCUUUGGCUUUAAACAGCUUUCUUACACUGAAUGUAUUUUCACAUUCCUGCCAAUAAUUAAAUCAAUAGGAUGAAAUUCAAGCUAACCAAGUUCUUUCAACAGAAAUUUGGAUCUCAUUUACUCUGUGGUAUUGAGUACAGUGGAGGUAACUAACAGCAGUCCUAUAGCAGUAGUUUAACUAGCUUUAUUUAGGUAUAAACUUGUUUUAGUAUUAACAGGGGUUGUAAAGCAAAAAAAAAA